CCAAUGGCAGCUUCUCAAAGAGCUAAAGAUAAGUUAGUGUUUCUCUGUUCACAACACUUCAUGGAGCCAGUGUUAUGCUGUGGAUCAACACAAGGAGAAGUCAUUUCCUCACAGUUUGGUAGCAACUGAAAGCAGAGAUCUUUAUGGAUCAAGAAAGUCGCUCGCGUGCAGGAGAACCGACAGUCCUCAUUGGUCGGGCUCUCCUGAGGCUGCGGGAUGCUGUCGCCAUGAUGAUGUCAAGUGUCCAUCAGAGAGUCAUACGGAGCAUUGUUUUGUUCUUUAUCAUCUCGCUGAUCCUGUGCCUCGCUGCCUUCUUAUACGGGAGCUUCUACUACUCGUACAUGCCCUUGUCGUCUUUUUUGACACCUGUUCACUAUUACUACAGGUCAGACUGUGAAUCUCCCAACUCUUUUAUGUGCACUUAUCCAGUGGCCAACAUCUCUCUGAUGAAGAACAAUAAACCUGUGCUGUCGUUUGGCCAGGCCUAUCAGAUCUCUUUGAUCCUGGAGAUGCCUGAGUCUCUAGCCAAUCAGGAGCUUGGGAUGUUUAUGAUCAGGACGACCUGUUUCUCUCAGGAGGGAGGCCCGGUCGCCUCCUCUGCUCGCACUGCAAGGCAACCGCUGUCCACCUCCAGCUCUCGCUUCAGCAUGCUGCGAUAUCGCUCAGAGCUGCUGAGGACGUUGGGAACGCUGCUGUUCCUCCCUGCCUUCUUGACCGGAGCCACUGAGCAGAAACAAGUGCUGGAGGUGGAGCUCUUCUCCGACUACACAGACGACCCUUAUGCCCCCUCCGUCACAGCCGUCAUUGAGAUCCUGUCCACCAGGGUGCAGAUCUACUCAUCUGAGUUCUAUGUUCAUGCUCAUUUCAAGGGAAUUAGAUACUUGUUGUUCUACUUCCCUGUCAUAUCGGCCCUGGUGGGCGUGUCCAGUAACUUCAUCUUCCUCAGCGUCCUCUUCAUCCUCAGCUACGUGAGGCUGCUGAUGAGAAAGGAGUGGAAAGUGGAGCAGGCGGGAGGACAAGCACAGCUGACAACACUCAGAACAGAUGGACCUGAGUCAGAGAGGGAAAAGAACAUGAACAACAACCAGCAAGAGGAUGAAAAAGAUGUUGCUGCGGGUACGGCAGAGCUGCUGGAACCCCUCCAGGUAACCCCCACAAAUCAGAGCUGGAAGAGGCCCGAUUGCACUGUGGCGCCAGCACAGAGCAGCAGAACAUAAAUACACGUUGUCAGGAGGAAAUAAAUGAAUUAGAGGCAGCCCGAGGACAUUAGAGAAGAAGAGAGAGGAAACAAAGAGAGCAGGAUGUAAUGAUCAAGAUUUAAGAGCGAUAUGUGGUUGAAAAUUACUCCGAAAGAGUAAAUCCAAUACUGACAGGAAUCCUGAGGGAUGAACUUUACUUUCAAAUGUUUUCAAUAUAAUUGUCAAAGCAAAAUGUAAAAUUAUAAUUAAAACAUAUUGGGCAAACUAUGCAUCGUUUUUAAUGUACAAAAAUAAUUUUAAUUGAUUGAAUUUUAUGUCAAAAUGCUUGUGUCUUGUCCUGUCUAGAAUCUACUCUGUUUACCUGCUGCAAUAAACCUUUUAAAAACC